AAAUUUGGCUUUCUCCUCUACACUUUCAAUAUCUCACAGAUUUUGUGGGUAUCUUUUUCUUUAUCUUUUGUUGCUGCUUCUUGUAUAUAUUCUCUCUAGACUUCCGUCUUCUUAUCCUUAUUAUUUUAAAUUCAAACAUUGUUCAUAUUUCUCUCUCUAAAUCUCAUCUCACCAGCUGCAAGGAGGGAAAACAUGCAUGAAAUUAUGUUAACCAUGGCAGCUGUUAGGACUUGGUAACAUACUUGUUUCUGCCAAGUUCUCAAGAUUUGGGUGUUUCUCUAAAAGCUUAUAAAUUCUUGGGUUUUUCUUCAAACUUUCGGAAAAUUUGUUUGUUUUAUAUGGAAGCUAGUAAAAGCGAAGAUGAAAACCAAACCCAAAGAUGUAGAAAUACCACAAGCAGUGGAGGUGGAAUUGGGAACAACAAUAUUGGUAGAUCUUUCAAAAAGCAAAGGCCUAAAAAGGUACCCCAAAGAGGACUUGGUGUGGCCCAGCUUGAAAAGAUAAGAAAUGAAGAAGAAGAAGAACAAAAGAAACAUGCAGCUGUUCUUUCACCACCAACUGUUUCUCAUAAAUCAUCAUAUGUUCCUUUGCCUAUCCCAAGUUUCCAUCUUUCAAAUCAAUCAUCGUCUUCUUCUUCAGUGCCAUUUCCUGCCAGUACUGGUGGAGCACUGCUUCCAGUGAAUGGCAGUGUCAAAAAUGGUCAUAAUUUAUGGAGUUCCUGUGAAUGUGACAUUGAAAAGGAAUGCUGUGGGUUGGAUCCAGGACUGAUUUUCAACACAACUUUUCAACAAUCUUCUUCUUCAAUGGUGAAUAACUUGACAUCAAGAAAUUCAUCAACAUCUUUACUGAAUUAUCAGAUGGAGCCCCCUUCAAACCAAAGCUACUAUGGAAAUUGUACAUGUUUAUUGCCUGAACAUGAUAAGGUGAUUGGCAUGAAUAGAUCAUGUCCUUUGUCUCUAGACAAUGCUCCACCCACCUCUAUUCACAACAAAUAUCCUUCCAUGGUUCGUUCCAUCACUGGAGAAGUUGAAGCUACUUCAAGCAGCAAUGGUAGUGGAUUCAAUUUCGAACCCGAAACCUUGAAUUACAGGAAAGGGCGUUGUUGUUCAACUUCAAAUGGGGUCUUUGAUGGAGAUUCUCACAUUAGCUCCUCCCACAACUACUUCAAGUUCAAAAUGCAAGCACUCUCAAUCCAUUUUAAUCAAUCCUGAAUUAGCUUACCAAGCAAGCUUCGAAGAUUCAAUUCUAUGGCAAGGUGUGACGGGAACCGGAUCCGGCUCAAUCGAGCAUCAAGCUUACUAUAGCUUCCUUCCACCUGCAAUGGUGCCAAUUGACCAAGCAACUACACUAACCAUGGCUAAUUGUAAUGGUGAAGUAGGAGACCUUGACCUCAAUUUAAAGCUAUAAAAUUUCUAGAAGGCCCUUUCUUAAUCUUUAAACGGCAAUUUUUUAUUUUUAUUUUUAUGAAGACAAUAUCAAGAA